AUGCCUACUGUUACAGCUAGCGCCCCGAAGAGGGGCUUUGCACUUGUCCUAGAAAAUCCAUUUCUAUGUGGUGUGGCAUCAUUCUCGACUUUAGGUGGUCUGUUAUUUGGCUAUGAUCAAGGUGUCAUUAGCGGUGUGAUCACCAUGGAGUCCUUUGGGGCUCGAUAUCCUCGUAUCUUCGCUGAUAGUAGUUUCAAGGGGUGGUUCGUGUCAACCCUAUUGAUCGCAGCUUGGGCCGGUUCCUUGAUCAACGGACCUAUCGCCGAUGGACUGGGCCGGAAGAUGUCCAUAAAUCUGGCAGUAGUAGUCUUCGUCAUUGGCUCCACCCUCCAAUGCGCUGCUAUGAAUAUUCCAAUGCUGUUCGUCGGUCGAGCUAUUGCUGGUUUGGCGGUUGGCCAACUGACCAUGGUUGUACCGUUGUACAUUUCUGAAGUUUCUAUUCCAGAGAUUCGCGGAGGGCUUGUUGUUCUACAGCAAUUAUCCGUUACGCUUGGAAUCUUGAUCAGCUACUGGAUCGACUAUGGAACCAACUACAUCGGCGGAACCAGAUGCGCUCCUGAGAUCCCAUAUUCCGGUGGUACUAUCACAAAGCCUGUCUUCGACCCUUACCAUGAUGUUCCUGCUGGUGGCUGUACGGGGCAGUCUGAUGCCUCGUGGCGUCUCCCGCUCGCCCUGCAGCUUGUUCCAGCUGUUAUUCUCGGUAUUGGAAUGCUGUUCUUCCCAGAUUCGCCCCGUUGGUUGUUGAUGAAGGAGCGUGAUGACGAUUCGCUGCACGCGCUUUCAAGACUGCGGCGCCAGGAUCGCGAUAGUCCUGUUCUCCUAAACGAGUACCUUGAAAUCAAGGCCUCGAUCAUGUUGGAGAAUUCCUUCAUGAGGGAUACUUCCCCUAACCUCUCUGGAUUCAAGUUGCACGCUGCUCAGUACAUGUCCUUCCUGACAAACUGGUCUCGUUUCAGACGGUUGGCUAUUGGCUGCAUCGUGAUGUUCUUCCAGCAGUUCAUGGGCUGUAAUGCCAUGAUUUACUACGCACCUACGAUCUUCGCCCAGCUCGGUCUGGAUGGAAACACCUCCUCCCUCCUUGCUACUGGUGUUUAUGGCAUCGUCAACUGCCUAAGCACCCUCCCCGCACUCAUCUUCAUCGACAAAGUCGGUCGUCGACCUCUACUGAUGGCCGGUGCUGCAGGAACUUGCAUCUCGCUUGUGAUCGUUGGCGGCAUCCUAGGUGGUUUUGGUUCCUCACUCAUGAGUAAUAAAACUGCCGGUUGGACCGGUAUCGCCUUUAUCUACAUAUACGAUAUCAACUUCUCCUAUUCAUUCGCCCCUAUCGGUUGGGUUCUUCCUUCUGAAAUAUUCAACCUCUCUAUUAGGUCCAAGGCCAUCUCUAUCACAACCUCGGCAACAUGGAUGUGCAACUUCAUCAUCGGUCUUAUCACGCCUGACAUGCUUGAGUCUAUCACCUGGGGCACAUACAUCUUCUUUGCUGCCUUCUGUCUUCUUGCCUUUGCUUUCACCUUCUUCUGCAUCCCCGAGACUCGUGGAAAGACACUCGAGGAUAUGGAUCUCAUUUUUGGUGAUACAGCCGCCCACGAAGAAAAGAAGCGUAUCAAGCACAUUGAAGCAGAGUUGCGCGGAGCGCCGAUUGAUGAGGAUGAUCUUAUCAAGCCGGUUGAUUCGCAUGCGGAACUGGUAUGA